GUCUACUACUCCCUCAAGUAGCAUAAAAGAGUCCGUUAGUAGAGUUAACCAUCAAACAUAGCUAACCAUGAAGAAAAUCUUCUUUUCUGUUCUCUUCCUCCUCUCCUUCCUCUUCUGCCUUGCCAAUGUAAGCCAGGCUGCAGUUCCAUGCAGCACAGUGGACGCAAAGGCAGCUGCCUGCGUUGGGUACGCUACCGGCAAGGCCCCCACGCCCUCUCCAGCAUGCUGCAGUGGGCUGCAACAGCUUGCUCAAACAGUCAAAACAGUUGAUGACAAGAAAGCUAUUUGCAGGUGCUUGAAGGCUGCCUCCGGUUCUUUGGGAAUUAAAGAUCAGUUCCUGAGCAAGAUUCCUGGAGCUUGCAAAAUCAAUGUUGGGUUCCCUGUCUCUACCAGCGUUAACUGUGAAACGAUUCACUAGAUUGAAAUGGAGCUGAGGCAGUUGUAGUGUCCUAGAGAGACAAGAGGGAGUUGAAUAAAACAGGAUAGGAGGUCAUAUCAUAUGUAUGUGGUCCUAGUGAGAUCCUAUACUUUGGACCUUAAUAUUCAUGCUGCCCAAGUUCGCUUUUUUAAAAGGCAUCAAAUCAGUUCUCCUUAAUUUUAUGUCA